CUUCCCUCCCUCCCUGCCCCGCCAUCUCCGGGAUGCGCCCGCCGCCUGCAACUCAGCCCUCCAAAAGUCAGCUCUGCACACAACUCCCGGGCGGCGGCGGCGCCUGCGUGCAAGGCGCACUCGUGACCCAACAACAAAACAGCGAUGCCAGGGCGCUAACGGCGCCCGGUGCCUCCCGGGCACCCUCCCCGCCCCACACCUCCUCGGGCAGCCGCCCCCGCCCCCCCUAUCCCGGGCCGAGUGCCCCCUCCACUAGCCCGGCCGCGGGCUCAGAGCGCGAUCGGCAACAAUGUUUACGUUCCGGGGAUUAUGACGUCGACGCCUCCCCCCCCACAACUGCUGAAAAUGGUUUCCUAGGACUUUGCAAACGGAUCUGCUUAAGUCGUCCGAUUGACCGCCAGAGAUACGACGAGAACGAGGACUUGUCGGACGUGGAGGAGAUCGUCAGCGUCCGCGGCUUCAGCCUGGAGGAGAAGCUGCGCAGUCAGCUGUACCAGGGGGACUUCGUGCACGCCAUGGAGGGCAAAGAUUUCAACUAUGAAUACGUGCAGAGAGAAGCUCUCAGGGUUCCCCUGAUAUUUCGAGAAAAGGAUGGACUGGGGAUUAAGAUGCCUGACCCCGAUUUCACAGUCCGAGAUGUCAAACUCCUAGUGGGUAGCCGGCGGCUGGUGGACGUGAUGGACGUGAACACCCAGAAGGGCACGGAGAUGAGCAUGUCCCAGUUUGUGCGCUACUACGAGACUCCGGAGGCCCAGCGGGACAAGCUGUACAACGUCAUCAGCCUCGAGUUCAGCCACACCAAGCUGGAGCACCUGGUCAAGCGUCCGACUGUGGUAGAUCUGGUGGACUGGGUGGACAACAUGUGGCCCCAGCAUUUGAAGGAGAAGCAGACGGAAGCCACAAAUGCCAUUGCCGAGAUGAAAUACCCGAAAGUGAAGAAGUACUGUCUGAUGAGCGUGAAAGGCUGUUUCACUGACUUCCACAUCGACUUCGGAGGCACUUCUGUUUGGUACCAUGUUUUCCGGGGUGGGAAGAUCUUUUGGCUGAUUCCUCCAACCCUGCACAAUUUGGCACUGUACGAGGAGUGGGUGCUGUCAGGCAAACAGAGUGACAUCUUCCUGGGAGACCGCGUGGAGCGAUGCCAAAGAAUUGAGCUGAAACAGGGCUACACGUUUUUCAUCCCUUCCGGUUGGAUCCAUGCCGUCUACACCCCUGUAGACUCUCUGGUAUUUGGCGGAAACAUCCUGCACAGCUUUAACGUGCCCAUGCAGCUGCGGAUCUACGAGAUCGAGGACAGAACACGGGUGCAGCCCAAAUUUCGCUACCCCUUCUACUAUGAGAUGUGCUGGUAUGUCUUGGAAAGAUACGUGUACUGUGUGACCCAGCGGUCCUACCUCACUCAGGAAUACCAGAGAGAAUCAAUGCUUAUUGAUGCCCCGAGAAAGCCCAGCAUAGACGGCUUCUCAUCUGAUUCCUGGCUGGAGAUGGAGGAGGAGUCCUGUGAGCAGCAGCCUCAAGAGGAAGAGAAGGAGGAGGAGGAGGAGGAGGAGGAGGAAGAGGAGGAGGGUGCAGAGAAGGUGCCCAAGCCACCUGCCGACGGCCCCCCGUCGCCCUCCAGCACCCCCUCAGAGGACCAGGAGGCCCCCGGGAAGAAGCCGAAAGCACCUGCUCUGCGAUUCCUCCAAAGGACUUUGUCUGACGAGUCAGAGGAAAGUGUGAAGUCCACGACGGUGCCCACCGACUACCCCAAGACGCCCACCGGCUCCCCUGCCACGGGGGUCUCCGCCAAGUGGACCCACCUCACUGAGUUUGAGUUGAAGGGCCUGAAAGCGCUGGUGGAGAAACUGGAAUCCCUCCCAGAGAACAAGAAGUGUGUUCCCGAGGGCAUCGAGGACCCCCAGGCACUCCUGGAGGGUGUGAAGAAUGUCCUGAAGGAGCACGCGGAUGACGACCCCAGUCUGGCCAUCACUGGGGUCCCUGUAGUCACUUGGCCAAAGAAGACACCAAAGAACCGGGCAGUAGGGCGGCCCAAGGGGAAGCUGGGCCCGGCCUCCGCCGUGAAGUUGGCCGCCAACCGGACGACGGCGGGAGCUCGCCGACGCCGGACGCGAUGCCGCAAGUGCGAGGCCUGCCUGCGGACCGAGUGCGGAGAGUGCCACUUCUGCAAGGACAUGAAGAAGUUCGGGGGCCCCGGGCGGAUGAAGCAGAGCUGUAUCAUGCGGCAGUGCAUCGCGCCAGUGCUGCCCCACACUGCCGUGUGCCUGGUGUGUGGCGAGGCAGGGAAGGAAGACACGGUGGAAGAGGAAGAAGGAAAGUUUAACCUCAUGCUCAUGGAGUGCUCCAUCUGCAAUGAAAUCAUCCACCCUGGAUGCCUUAAGAUUAAGGAAUCAGAGGGCGUAGUCAACGAUGAGCUUCCAAACUGCUGGGAGUGUCCAAAGUGUAACCACGCCGGCAAGACCGGGAAACAAAAGCGUGGCCCUGGCUUUAAGUAUGCCUCCAACCUGCCCGGCUCCCUGCUCAAGGAGCAGAAGAUGAACCGGGACAACAAGGAAGGGCAGGAGCCUGCCAAGCGGAGGAGUGAGUGUGAGGAGGCACCUCGGCGCAGGUCAGACGAACACCCCAAGAAGGUACCCCCCGACGGCAUCCUGCGCCGAAAGUCGGACGAUGCGCACCUGAGGAGGAAGCGGAAAUACGAGAAGCCCCAAGAGCUGAGUGGACGCAAGCGAGCCUCGACGCUUCAAACGUCCCCCGGUUCCUCCUCUCACCUCUCGCCGAGGCCCCCUCUAGGCAGCAGCCUCAGCCCCUGGUGGAGAUCCAGUCUCACUUACUUCCAGCAGCAGCUAAAACCUGGCAAAGAAGAUAAGCUUUUCAGGAAAAAGCGGCGGUCUUGGAAGAACGCGGAGGACCGGAUGGCUCUUGCCAACAAGCCUCUGCGGCGCUUCAAGCAGGAGCCAGAGGAUGACCUGCCUGAGGCGCCCCCCAAGGCCCGGGAAAGCGACCACUCCCGCUCCAGCUCCCCCACCGCGGGGCCCAGCACCGAGGGGGCAGAGGGCCCCGAGGAGAAGAAAAAGGUAAAGAUACGCAGGAAAAGGCGGCUUCCCACCAAGGAGCUGAGCAAGGAGCUGAGCAAGGAGCUGAACCAAGAGAUCCAGAAGACGGAGAACAGCCUGGCCAACGAGAACCACCAGCCCAUCAAGUCAGAGCCCGAGAGUGAGAGCGAGGAGCCCAAGCGGCCCCUGGGCCUCUGCGAGCGCCCCCACCGCUUCAGCAAGGGGCUCACCGGCCCUCCCCGGGAGCUGCGGCACCAGCUGGGGCCCGGCCUACGCAGCCCACCCCGUGUCAUCUCCCGGCCCCCUCCCUCCGUGUCCCCGCCCAAGUGCAUCCAGAUGGAGCGGCACGUGAUUCGGCCACCCCCCAUCAGCCCCCCACCUGACUCACUGCCCCUGGAUGAUGGGGCAGCCCAUGUCAUGCACAGGGAGGUGUGGAUGGCCGUCUUCAGCUACCUCAGCCACCAAGACUUGUGUGUCUGCAUGCGGGUCUGCAGGACCUGGAACCGCUGGUGCUGCGACAAGCGGUUGUGGACCCGCAUCGAUCUGAACCACUGCAAGUCCGUCACACCCCUGAUGCUGAGCGGCAUCAUCCGGCGGCAGCCUGUCUCCCUGGACCUCAGCUGGACCAAUAUCUCCAAGAAACAGCUGAGCUGGCUCAUCAACCGGUUGCCUGGGCUCCGAGACCUGGUGCUGUCGGGCUGCUCAUGGAUCGCGGUCUCAGCUCUCUGUAGCUCUAGCUGUCCACUGCUCCGGACCCUGGAUGUCCAGUGGGUAGAAGGACUAAAGGAUGCCCAGAUGCGGGAUCUCCUGUCCCCACCCACAGAUAACAGGCCAGGUCAGAUGGACAACCGGAGCAAGCUCCGGAACAUUGUGGAGCUGCGUCUAGCGGGCCUGGACAUCACGGAUGCCUCCCUGCGGCUCAUCAUCCGCCACAUGCCCCUGCUCUCCAAGCUCCACCUUAGUUACUGUAAUCACGUGACCGACCAGUCCAUCAACCUGCUCACUGCCGUGGGCACCACCACCCGAGACUCCUUAACUGAAAUCAACCUAUCAGACUGCAAUAAGGUUACUGACCAGUGCCUGUCCUUCUUCAAACGCUGUGGAAAUAUCUGUCAUAUUGACCUGAGGUACUGCAAGCAGGUUACCAAGGAAGGCUGUGAGCAGUUCAUAGCUGAAAUGUCUGUGAGUGUCCAGUUUGGGCAAGUGGAAGAAAAACUCCUACAGAAACUGAGUUAGUCCAAGGACAAGUAUGUAAAUAAGGGGUGGGGAGGGGGAGGGAUCAUGGCAGGGGAGGGGAAAAAACUUUACAGAAACUAGGGCUUUUAUUUUCAAUUUGGAACUUGAAACAACAGACCCCACGAUUCCAUUCUGCUAGUCUUGCUGAGGGAGAAGCCGUCCUGGCUCCUGUUUGGGGGAGGAGUGAACUGGACACUCCCCCUUCAGUCUCUCCGAAUUACAACCGCACCGCUUUCUGGACCAUUUCUAAAGGCGGCCUUUACCAAGAAGACAUUCCUGCCGGAGAGGAGGACAGACUUCGAAGAAAUUCUCUUACUGGAGCAUGAGCUUAGGAGUUUCGUGGGUGGUGGUGUUUUCGUUUUGGACACCUUGUUCCUUGCAGCUCCGGGGGUCGGUGUCGACAUUCAGCGGACCACACGCCACAUCUGCUGCAGUCGUGACAUUUUUUGUUUGUUUGGUUUUGUUACAUCUUACAUUAUGCAGAACUAUUUUUGUACAAAUUGUUUAAAAGUUAUUUAUGCAA